AUGGCACCAGCCGCACCCGGGCCUAUGUAUGGCAAAGACGAAAAGGCGCUUUGCUUCCAUCACGAAUUACUCUAUGAAGCAAAGGUGCUCGACUCGCGACACACUGAUCAGAACGACAAGAAAUCGCCUUUCGAGUACAAGGUCCACUACAAGGGCUGGAAGAACACAUGGGAUGACUGGGUACCUCAAGAUCGCUUGCGCAAGUACAACGACGAGAACCUCGAGCUCUCCAAAAACCUGAGGCAAGAAAUGAACGCACAACGCAGAGCUGCAGCAAAACCCAUGACUGCGACCGUGACCAGAAAGCGUGAUCUCAACACUGGCUCUGCUAGAGGCAGCGAAGAAAGAACGGCCCCUACAGCACCAACCCGUGGAACCAAGCGUGGAAGGGAGUAUGAAGGUAUCGACAAGGAGGAUGAAUUUCUGCGUCGACCUUCGAUCAAGAUCUUCAUGCCUGACAGUCUCAAGGCCAUCCUCGUUGACGACUGGGAGAAGGUGACCAGAGAGAACAGACUGGUCCCGCUGCCUUCAAAGACCCCGGUAGCACAGUUCCUUGCAGACUACUCUGCAUCCGAAGAUGCCAAACGCAGAGAGGGCAGUGCUGAGGCAGAUAUCCUCGAGGAGGUGAUCGCUGGCGUCAAAGAGUACUUCAACAAGAGCAUAGGACGUAUCCUACUGUAUCGUUUCGAGCGCCCCCAAUGGUCCGACAUCCACGCGCAACUCAACAAGGGCACUGGCGACCUGACCGGCAAGCUUCCUACUGAUAUUUACGGUGUGGAGCACCUCUGUCGUUUGUUUGUAUCCAUGCCCGAUCUGAUCGCUCAUACCAACAUGGACUCUCAAGCUGUGAGCCGUCUUCGCGAGGAGCUGCACAAGAUGACACAGUGGCUCAGCAAGAACGCAGGCAACUACCUGUCUCAGGAGUACGAGCAGCCCACUCAAGAUUACAUUGACCGUGUCAAGUAG